CAUGCUCUGAGCGGUAUCGACAGCACGCCAGUAACACGUACAACAUUUGAAGGUGCUUCUGCUACAGGAGUAACACUACUACACUCAAUAACUCGAACGCGCAUGAUGUAUUUCCCGGCUGUUUGCCCGAAAUAG